AACCAAUCUGUCAUUUUAUCAGAUUCACGAUUUGACAUCAACACGAAUUUGAUUACAAAAUUUUGUUAAAAAUUCGCCGUAAAUGCGAUAAAAAAACAAUAUGAAGCCGACAAUAGAUAUUGACGCGUUACGUACGGAACACGAAUCUGACGAGCAAUGGGAAGUGAGGCGGAAUUUCAUGGAGGAACAUAAAGAUGAUUUCGAGGAGGGAGAACUCAUUACACUAGCGCAAUUGUUUACUAAUAUUGAGUUUUUGGGAUGUCGAUACCCUCCGGCCACGAUGAAGAGAAUAGCCAAACUGUCUGAAAAGGUUUCAGCAAAAUACCGAGAGAGUAGGAAGAACAAACUGAAACGCACAUUUGUGCAAGCCAGUGACGCAGCUGAACAGAAGGCAAAGAGAUCUUACACUAAAUAGGUUUAAUUGUAAUUGAAUUUAAUACAUUUCUAUUCUGUGGUA